AUGGGGGGAACAGAGGUCAAAGCUAAAUCCAGGAUGCAACCGUCCAAAAAAGGGAAAAGAGCAUGGAGAAAGAACAUUGACAUCACAGAUAUUGAGGAUAAGUUGGAGGAGCGGAGACAGGAGGUGAUAGAAGAAGGUAAGCCUGUUGAGGAACUUGAGGCCAACGAGCUUUUCUACAUUGAUGAGGAAGAAGAUGAGCAUACAGUUAAGAAAAUGAAGAGAGAUCACAUAAAACCUUUGAGGAGUACAGAAAUCUUGUACCAGCGAUCAAAGGCACCGGGGCUAGUGAAUGAAAGAGUGGAAUCAAGACGGAAGAAGGUGGAGAAUGUUUCUGGGAAGGAAAUUCACAGAUUGAUGAAAAUAUCCGGAAAAGUUCAGGGUGUGAGUAGAUUUGAUGCUAGUUUGGAAAGAGAUGGUAUAAUUAAAGGUGGAAAAUUCGAUCCAUGGGCCGAUCCUAAGCCUGUAACGAGGAAGGGUAAGAAGAAGGAGCGGAAGGUUCCAGAAAUACUUCGGAAAUAUAGCGGAAAUUCGUUUACUCCAGCUACAGUUGCACCGAAAACAAUGAAAAUGAAACCGUUGGCAUCAAAGGGAAUUCAAAAGGUUGCAGAGGGUGGAAAGUCAUACAACCCAUCAUUUUCAAGCUGGAAAAUGCUUAUUCAGCAGGAGUUCUUUAUAGCAAAAAGCGAGGAGGAGAAAAAGGCAGCUCUCGAGAAGGAAAGAGAGCGUCUUCAGUAUAUUAUAGACAACUUUGAUGAUCAUGGGGAAAUCGAAGAGGAGGAAGAAGAAGAAGAAGAUGAUGAUAAGGAAGAAGAAGAAGACAAGGAAGAAGAUGAGACAUCAGAGGAUAAAUAUAAGCUUUCAGUUAACCCAGCAACCGGAGAUAAGAUUAAGACUAAGACGAAGAGAAAUAGAGAGAAGCGUGAAAAAGAGCGGCAGAGACUUUUGAGUGAGAUGAAGAAGUUGAAAGAAGCAAUUCAGCAAAUAGAGAAGCUUCCAAAGAUAAUAGAGGAAGAGAAUAAGAGGGAAAAGGAGAUCGACAGGAAGAUAAAAAGUGGAAAGAAAUUCAAAAAGUUGCCAUCAUCACACAUUGCACAACUUCCAAUGGAGGUUAAGCUCAGUGAUGAGUUGGAUGACUCAUUAAGGAAAUUGGUUCCGGAGGGCCAUCUUUUGGCCGAGCAGAUGAUUAAGCUACAGUCUAGUGGUAAAAUUGAAGCUAAAAGGCAUAUUGCUAAAAGAAAACCUAAGAAGAAGAUUACACAGAAGUGGUCGUACAAGGACUUUAAAUAG